AUAGCUCUCUAAGCUAAAGUCUAUGGUGCUGGCUCCAAGCAAAGUGAAACUUGCUAUGAGAACUUACAUAUAGACUAUGAUGUAUACUGUUUAACCCCCCCCCCAUCCCCUACCUAUAUAUUGCCUUUAAGUUUCCUAUUUUCUCUUGUGCAGAAUAGGCCAGGCCCAACCAUACCGGGAAAUAGGUGGCAGACAAGAGGAGCAAUGUCAGGACCAGCACUCAUCACGCCUUCCUAGGAAAAGACCUCAUCCCAUGGAGAAGAACUAGGCUAUUGUGUUUUAAUCUCCCCUUGCUCCAUAGUCAUCAUAAGCAAAGUCAGUGGCUCCCAGACAUUCGUGUUUCUUCCUGCACAGCUCCAGAUGGUUGGACAUUAUGUAUGCCAAGAUCAGAUGCUGUGUGUGAGGAUUUUUAUUUCCAGGAUCUUCUGUGCAGGUUUUCUUGCCUAGGAUGCACUGAUGCCCUCAAAGGAAAGUAGCAAAGCCAGCAAGCAUCCAUUUAUAUGGGCUUUCUAUGCUUCUGGCUCUUCUCCAGCUAGUCCCUGAAAUGGGCAUGAAGGUGCUGUGUGGAUGGGAUGAACUGGCAGGAUCGCCUGCCUCAGCCAUCCUCAGGAGGGUUUGCUUCGGCACUGUGUAAUGGUGAAGCCCAGAUUCCAGGAUCCAGAAACCAGUACAUCGCUCCAUUCUCAGGGUUAACCCAAAGAGCCUGUGGCUGUAACAGGGAUCCUGUGGCUAGUGUUGUGACAGUAGAACUGGAUAUGCCCCAGGGUGCCCUAAAUAUGCUUUCAUCCGGCCUGUAUCUGUCACUGCCAGCGUUACCAGUGGUGAUGGUGUAGCCUCCAGCAAAGCAAAACAGCAGGAUUGGGUUUCAGGCAAUUUUUGUUGCCCCAAAUCACAAUGUGUCAAGUAGUCAGACCCUUUCCUGACUGGCAGUUUGAUGUUCCCCCUUGGCUUUCUUCCAAUUGGGGUUUCUGCCUCAGAACUGACAUCAAAGAGUCACCCUGGGAUCAGAGAUAAAUGCUCCUCUUCAUGGGGCAAAGAGCAGCAGGAAUACUGAAUGAUCUUAGACAAGUCCCUUCCUGUCUCUGAGCUGCAGUUUCUUUAUAAGCAAAGUAAGAGGAUCUGGGCAAGUUGACCUCAAAGGUCUAACUUUCUGGUUGUGCGCCUGUCCUUAAACACUAGCGUCAGAAAGAGGCGGGCGGGCGUGCCCCAGGGAGAGCGCGGUUACAGCCAGACACUGCGGCCCCGCCCGCAGCCCUUGUCGCCAAGCCUCCGGGAGGACCCGGCUUCCGCCCUCCACGUUGUUGUUCCCGAUUUGGGCCACGCCCCCUCGGCCUGGGCUAGGGAGGGUUCGCUUUGACCGCUGCUGCCCCGGCCCCAAAGCAAAGGGUGGCUUCUGGGCUAGCACAGAGUCUCCACCCAUAUCAGACACGCGUGAACAAAGACAAGGAUUUAGGGGUAGGAAAGAGAAGGACGUGGAUUUAAAUGGGAGAGUGGGGAACAAGAGGGCUGGCUAUAGCACGACUGCGGGAUUCCCCUUUAGGUGUCUCACCCUCUGUUCACACAGUGGCCCCAUCCGAACCCGCUAAUGUGACCCUGCCGACGUUGGCCCUUUAAAUAGCAGGCUGGCGGCGCGGGGUGUCCAUGUGGAGCCGCUCCAUGCCGUGUUGUCCUGCCCGUCUAUUGGCCCGCGGCCCGGUGACGUAGCCUAAUAGGAUGCGAACGCACUGCGGGGGGAGGAACGGAGACAAAACGAGGAACCGGAUUACCACUCCGCUCUCUCCGCCCGAGGAGCAGGAGCGGCUUCGCUUGGAGAGGGAGCGAGAGCAGGAGCAGAAGAAGGCCAGGCUGGCACAUGCUCUGCCCGUGGAAGAACCCCGAAUUGAGGCACCACCCCUGCCCCUGUCUCCCCCAGCACCCCCACCAGCACCCCCACCCCCACUUGCCACCCCCACCCCACUGACUGUCAUUCCUAUUCCUGUAGUGACCAACUCCCCCCACCCACUGCCCCCACCCCCACCGCUGCCCCCUGCAGCUCAGCCUCUGCCCCUGGCACCUCGGCAACCAGCCCUGGUCAGCACCCCUGGACUCAGCAUUAAGGAGCCUGCCCCGCUGCCUCCCAGGCCUCAGGUGCCCACCCCUGCUCCCCUCCUGCUGGACUCGAAGACCACCGUUGCUCCCACUGGCAGCCCCAAGCCUUUGCAACCCCUUCCUACGCCCAUCUUGACCAUAGCGCCGCACCCAGGAGUCCAGCCUCAGCUGGCCCCCCAGCAGCCACCCCCACCCACGCUUGGGACCCUGAAGUUGGCACCAGCUGAAGAAGUGAAAUCCAGUGAACAGAAGAAGAGGCCUGGGGGGAUCGGAACCAGAGAAGUCCACAACAAAUUGGAGAAAAACAGGAGGGCCCAUCUGAAGGAAUGCUUUGAGACCCUGAAGCGCAACAUCCCCAACGUGGACGACAAGAAAACCUCCAAUCUGAGCGUGCUGCGGACGGCGCUGCGGUACAUCCAGUCGCUGAAGAGAAAGGAGAAGGAGUAUGAGCAUGAGAUGGAGCGGCUGGCACGGGAGAAGAUUGCCACCCAGCAGCGGCUGGCAGAGCUCAAGCAUGAGCUGAGCCAGUGGAUGGACAUGCUAGAGAUUGACCGUGUGCUCCGGCAGACGGGCCAGCCUGAGGAUGACCAGGCUUCCACCUCGACAGCCUCUGAAGGUGAGGACAACAUAGACGAGGAUAUGGAGGAGGACCGGGCGGGCCUGGGCCCACCUAAGCUGAGCCAUCGUCCCCAGCCGGAGCUGCUGAAGUCUGCCCUGCCUCCCCCCAGCACCGCCCCAACGCCUCUGCCUCCCCACCCGCACCCUCACCCAGUGGCACUGUCUCCUGCCCAUCUGCCUGUGCAGCAGCAGCCGCCACAGCAGAAGACCCCUCUGCCAGCUCCUCCCCCACCAACCACCCCUGCCCAGACACUGGUACCAGCUCCUGCUCAUCUGGUGGCCACAGCUGGGGGUGGCUCCACGGUCAUUGCCCACACGGCUACCACCCAUGCUUCAGUCAUCCAGACUGUGAACCAUGUCCUACAGGGGCCAGGUGGCAAGCACAUCGCCCACAUUGCCCCCUCGGCCCCCAGCCCUGCUGUGCAGCUGGCACCUGCCACACCGCCCAUUGGCCACAUCACAGUGCACCCUGCUGCCCUCAACCAUGUGGCCCACCUCAGCUCCCAGCUGCCCUUGUACCCACAGCCUGUGGCAGUGAGCCAGCCCGUGGCGGUGAGCCACAUUGCCCACACACUCUCACACCAGCAAGUGAACGGCACAGCUGGGCUGGGGCCCCCAGCCACCGUUAUGGCGAAGCCAGCUGUGGGGGCCCAGGUGGUGCACCACCCCCAGCUGGUGGGCCAGACAGUGCUCAACCCUGUGACAAUGGUCACUAUGCCUUCCUUCCCGGUCAGCACGCUCAAGCUGGCUUGAGGAUGAGGCCACUCAGAGGCCCCCAGUGGGGGCAGGGAGGGGGACCUUUCCCCCACUCUCCCACCCACCAGCUCCACACAUUCCAGCCAGGCCCAUGCCCGCCCGACCCAUGCCACCCCCAGGCCUCCUAGGGGAAAGGGGUGCAAAGACUCUGAGCCAGGGGAGGGAGGGGCCCCCCAGGGAGUUGGGGGCAGGGCAGGGGGUUACUCUGCUGUACCAGGACUUGAUAAAAUAACUGAUGAAGAUGCUCAUGGACAUGCCACCUGUCUGGCCUGGUGCCAACUCCAUUGCUGCUCCUGCCUCCCUAUCCUGUACCCUGAAAUCAGUGCAAAGUGGCGUCAUGUUCCCUGGCUUCUCCUUGCCCUGCCUGCCUUCCUGUGCUGCUGCUGCUGCUGCUGCUGCUAUUGCUGUGUCUGGUGAGGUGACUGAGUGCCCAGGCCUUCCCUCUCCAGCAUCAGUGUUCUCCCAGGCCUUUAGAUGAGGGGCAGGGAAACAACAGAAGCCACUUGGCCCAGAAGGCUGGGUGGAGAUGGGGUUGAUGAGGGGUCCUGCUCUGAGUACUAGUGACAGAUCCCAGGAGGCAGGUGUCCAGGUGUGGGACCCUCUGAUCCACCUGCAGUCACUGUGAUUUGUUACAGUAGAAACUACUUAAAACAAUUCCCUGCCAACAAUAACCCCCACGCUGUUGCCAUGCUUCUCAACCCCUGCUGCUGGGCUCUUGGCCUGAGGGCAGGCUGAGGUUAGGCUUGGGUGUCAUGCUUCCCAACUCUCCCUGCUGCCUGGGUCUGACUUGGGAGGAGCACUACUCUAGACCCCUGUCCCAGUCCUUGGGCUUGGCUUUUCACCUUUAGAAGGCAGUGAAGAGGUGCUGUCUGGUGUUCACUCUCGUGGUUCCCCAAUUUGCUCGGGGUGGGACAUUUCUCCAAGGAAUAAGGGGGUGUGGGCACCUCUCCUCUAGCCUGAGAGGCGUGGCAGCAGCUGAUCAUGGUCCCAGGAACUGAGAAGCCACAUUGUUGAGACAUCAGGAAGUUAAAAUGCAGGUGUUUGGCCAAAGCCCUGAGCCCCUCCCCAAACAGGCCCUGGAGCCCUAUAGAGGAUCCAGCUGGGCCAAAGCUGGGAGUCAUCAAGACGAGUGGCUGCUGCUCUGCCUGUGUCACCUUUCCCAGAUCCCUGUUUCUGCAGUGGGCAGGUUUGAAGGUCCCUCCCUUGUGUGAGGAAAGGGCUUUAACUGGAUCAAGGACAGGGCUGAGCUUGGGGUAGGAAGUGAGGGGCCCUGUCUUGGGGAUGCUGUGGUCCUUGCCUCUGCAGACUGCUUUGGCUUUUUAUGUGGAUAUUUAUUACAAGUGGCCUUGUGUCAGACACACUCAGUUACACGCACGCAUGCACAUUCAGCUCCCCACUGGACACCCACCAAUGGCCUUUCAGUGUAGGGGGAGGAAGCCAGUGUUCCUAGAUACGGAGUUUGCACUUUUGGGGGACAGGCAAGGGGACCAGGAGGGGAGAACUCAGGAUCCUCUGGAGUGCCCUGCUGGCGGGCACUAAGGAGGCCAGCAAAGGUCUUGAAUACAUUCUCUUGAAAUGACCCCUUAGAGGCCUAAGAACUCCCAGUUCCUUCCUGCUCCUGGAGACUUCCCAGGGGAUGUCUAUCUCCCUGAGAUGGGGAAAGGGCAACCUAAGAUUAGGUCUCCACCCUGCUGCCCCAGCCCAGCAACCUCAUUCCCCCAAGCUGGCUGCCUUCCUGCAGCUGCAGCCACCUCCACUGACACCUUGGCUUUGGGGGCCGGCUUCAGUGUCCUUGUGACAAUGGAAAGCAGUCUGGUGCCGGCAGUCAGAGCACUUUGGGGAACCCCCGUCCCCCUUCACCUCUCCCUGCAUCCUAAGGCCAGUUGCAGAGUUCAAACCACCGUGUUGGCCAGUUGCCCUCGGGCCACACAGAUACCUCAUCAUCCACCUAGUUCCCCCCAUACCCCUGCCCCCAAGUGGGGGCUUCCAAAUCUAGUGCCGAAUGACUAUGUCCAGAUUGGUGAUGAUGGGUGUUGUUGCUGUUGUUUUUGUUGUUUGUGAACGCUGUGAUGCUGUGUGCCCAAGUGGGCAGCCACCUCCUAGCCCUUCCUUGGGCAUCUCCCCUCUGAGAGCUGUUAGGACCAUAUCUGUCCUCACCCAGUGGGACCGCCUGGCCCUUCCCUCCCUAGCCCUUCCAGCCUGGGACAGAAACACACACACACACACACACACACACACACACACCACUUUACCUCUCAUGCUUGUACUUAACCUUUGGUGUUCAGAUUGGCUCACUGGCUGGGAGUCUUUACCUCGGGGAGAGGGGGAGGGUGGUUCCUUGGGGGGCCAAAGAAGGGCAGGGAAUUCCUGGAGUGUAGUUGGGUCACCAGAACCCCUGCUCUCUGGAAACAGCUGCUUCUCCCCCCAUCCCAGGGUCCCAUCCCCAACCCCAAAGAGGUGGCCCUUGUUUACAGUGAGGACUCGGUCACUGUGUCUCCGUUUCCUGAAAUAUAAACUGUAGCGACCCCAGACUGUAGAGAUUUUUAUGUGUUUGGAUACAUCUGCUGUGUGGGAAAAAAAAAAAAACUACAAAAACCCUAAUUUUGUACAUAUUGUAUUUUUACUAUUGAACUGUAUUCUAGUGGCUGUUCAUGCUCCAAGACUUUAGGUAUUGAGACAUGAACACUAUCCAUGUAAUAAGCACUUGCCUGGAAUAAAAUAUAAAGCUGAAAUAAACCUGCACUGAAAUCUGAAAUGGA